GAGCGCGGGGGCCGCGCAGGAGAGCCGGCGCGUCCGGGCGGCUGCGGGGAGAGGCGUGCGGGGCCGGUGCGGCGGCGAUGGGCGCGUGCUGGGGGCCGGUGCUGCGGGUGCUGGUGGUGCAGGCGGCGUGGGCGCUGUGCGGCGGUCAGGUGCGGUACUCGGUGUCGGAGGAAGCGGAGCCCGGGACGGUGGUGGGCCGUCUGGCGCAGGACGUGGGUCUGGAGGCGGGCGAGGCGGAGGCGCGGCGUCUGCGCCUGGUGUCGCAGGGCCGGCGGGCGAGCGUGGAGGUGAGCGGGGCGAGCGGGGCGCUGGUGGUGAGCUCGCGGCUGGACCGGGAGGAGCUGUGCGGGAAGAGCGCGCCGUGCGUGCUGCGGCUGGAGGUGCUGGUGGAGCGGCCACUGCGCGUGUUCCACAUCGAGCUGGAGGUCACCGACAUCAACGACAACGCUCCGAUCUUCCCCGCCGGCCGGAAAAACCUGAGCAUGGCGGAAUCGUCGCUGCCGGGUUCCCGUUUCCCACUGGAGGGCGCGUCGGAUGCAGAUAUCGGAGCCAACGCUCAGCUCUCCUACACACUCAGUCCAAAUGAAAAUUUUAGAAUAGAGGAAGAAAACCUUAAAUCUCGCAGUAAGUCGCUGUUUCUGGUGCUGAUGAAAUCUCUUGAUCGCGAGACAAUGGCUGAGCACCGUUUGGUGUUGACAGCGAGUGACGGGGGCCGUCCGUCGCUAACGGGCACGAUGGAGCUGGUGAUCUCGGUGCUGGACGCGAACGACAACGCGCCCCAGUUCAACCAGUCGGUGUAUAAAGUGCAGGUGCUGGAGAACGCGCCUCCAGGGACUGUAUUUUUUCAAUUGACAGCGACAGACAAAGAUGAGGGAAUUAAUGGGGAGGUAUAUUACGUGUUAAGCGAGAGAGUUUCUGAGAAACUUCAGGACUUGUUCAUAAUCGAUAGAAAAUCCGGGGAAAUACGGACUACCGCCGCCCUGGAUUUUGAGGGCGUGCAAUGGUAUGACUUGGAGAUCGAAGCGAGAGAUAAGGGGACUUUGCCGCUGUCAGGUCACUGCAGCGUGGAGCUGGAGGUGCUGGACGUGAACGACAACGCGCCGGAGGUGCGGGUGACGUCGCUGUCGGUGCCGGUGCCGGAGGACGCGUCGGUGGGGACGGUGGUGGCGCUGCUGAGCGUGUCGGACCGGGACUCGGGGGCGAACGGGCGCGUGCGCUGCUCGGUGUGGCCGUCGUCGCCGUUCGGUCUGGUGUCGGCGUUCGCGGGCUCGUACUCGCUGGUGCUGCGGGAGGCGCUGGACCGGGAGCGGGUGUCGGAGUACGAGGUGGAGGUGCGUGCGGAGGACGGCGGGUCUCCGCCUUUGCGCGGCAGGCUCGGCGUGCGGGUGCCGGUGUCGGACGUGAACGACAACGCGCCGGCGUUCGCGCAGGCCGUGUACACGGUGCUGGCGCGGGAGAACAACGCGGCGGGGGCGGAGCUGGCGCGGGUGUGGGCGCGGGACCCGGACGAGGCGGGCAACGGCCGCGUGAGCUACUCGGUGUGGGAGGGCGGCAGCGGCGUUGGCGUUGUCGGCGGGGUUUUGUUGUCGGGCGGCGUGUGGCGUCCGGCGUCGAGCUACGUGUCGGUGGACGCGGAGAGCGGUCGCGUGUGGGCGCUGCAGGCGCUGGACUACGAGGAGGUGCAGGUGCUGCAGUUCGAGGUGCGUGCGGUGGACGCGGGGGAGCCGCCGCUGUGCGGCAACGCGACGGUGCAGGUGUUCGUGUUGGACGAGAACGACAACGCGCCGGCGCUGCUGCCGUCUGCGGGCGGCGGUGCGGGCGUGGGUGUCGACGCGGGUGGGGCUUCGUCGUUGGAGGCGGCGUCGGGGUCGCUGUGGGCGUGGGCGGCGUGGGGGGCGCCGGCGGGGCAGGUGGUGGCGAAGAUCCGUGCGGUGGACGCGGACUCGGGCUACAACGCGUGGCUGCGGUACGAGCUGUUGGAGCCGCGUGGGAAGAGCCCGUUCCGCGUGGGGCUGUACAGCGGCGAGGUGAGCACGUUGCGGGCGCUGGAGGAGGCGGACGGCCCUCGUCAGAGGCUGGUGAUCGUGGUGCGGGACCACGGCGAGCCGUCGCGCUCGGCCACGGCCACGCUGAGCGUGUCGCUGCUGGAGGGCGCCGAGGCGGCGUUGGCGGCCGCGGGCUCGGGCUCUGGGCGGCCGGGGCUGCGGCCGUUGUCGGGCGUGGAGGGCGGCGCGGAGUCGUCGUCAUCGUCGACGAACGUGUGGCUGGUGGUGGCCAUCUGCGCGGUGUCGAGCCUGUUCCUGCUGGCGGUGGUGCUGUACGGGGCGUCUCGGUGGGUGCCGCGGGCGGCCGUGCUGUCGGGUCCCGGUCCGACGACGCUGGUGUGCGCCAGCGAAGUGGGGAGCUGGUCGUACUCGCAGCGUCAGAGCCGGAGCCUGUGCGUGGCGGACGGCGCGGGCAAGAGCGACCUGAUGGUUUUCAGUCCCAACUUCCCGCCGCCGCCACCCGGCCCCGCGGCGAAGGAGACGCAGCCGGAUCCUUCGGCUCUUCUGGACACGGUCAGUGCCACAGUCUUCCUUACGCUUUUCCUAUCCUCACCCUUGUUACUCACCCAGCCCCUGGGCAUGAGGUAUUAUGAGCCAGGUUGA